AAAGAUCUUGUGUCAGUGACUCGAUUAAAAGUGUGUUGUCAUUAAUCUGCUUUGUUGUUAUGGUUUCUGCGCCAGACGCAAACUGCGUUUUCCAAUUUUGAGUCACUUUGUGUAGCGUUUGAACGCCAAUUGUAAAAGGAAAGGCACAUAGUUGGUAAUUGUAAUCACGCGGCAGUCUACGCCAGUGCCGGAGUAAUGCCGUCCGUCUAUCUGGGUGUGCAUUUGCCGUUCAAACCGUACCAAAAGCUAAAGGUGGAUAAUGUCGAUCUAGCCAGCCCAACAGAGGCGCUUCGGUCGGAAGCAGCCAAACUGAUGCAGAACGAUGUUGCCGCAGAUGAUUUCGAAUUGCUGUACUGUGGCUGCUUGCUGAAAACGGACGACAUCCUGCAAAACAAAGGCGUCAGCGAUGGUUCAAUGAUACACGUCAUACAGAAGCGUCGCGAAAAAGAUCCAUCGACCGAGCAGCAGCAGCCGCAACCGGAGGACCGAGAGCUGACCGAAGCCGAGGUGCAGGAAGUACUGUCCGUAUGGCGCACGGUCGAUUCAUCCAACUUCCAGAAGGCACGGCAGCCCGAAUUUAUGAAGAACGUACUGGACGCCUACCCGGCGAUUCGGCGCAAUCUGUUCGUGCUGUCCUUGUUGAAGGAUCCAAUUCUGCUCUCCUCGAUGCAGCAGCCGGAAAUGGUUCGGCGCGUAGCCCCCAAGCACCCGAUACUGGUCGAGGCAUCGCGCACGAUUGUGCAGCUGCUCAACUCCAAGAUGAUCUCGAAGGUGGCCAACUGCCAUCUGUCCGCACCGCUCGACAGCGCGCUGGACGAUCCAUUGACAGACUCGUCGUCCAGCGACGAAAACACUGCCUCGCCGACGACCUCGGCCGCUCCCAACACAAUCCGCCGCAUCACGGCCGACAAUCUGGCGUCCGCGCUUGCUUUCGCGGGCUCGCGCAGCUCGUACAACUCGCUGUCCAACAUCUCCCAGCGCGAUGCGGACAGCCGUGCUAAUCAGCCGGAACCGACGGGCGAAGGGUCAGCUGGAACCGGCACAUCCGUCGCCGCCAACCUACCCUCCACCUCAGCUGCUGCCGGCAGCAAUCAGCCGACCACUUCCUCGAAUGCUGCCGCCGGACGCAUCACGUCCUCGAUGUUGCUCGACGCGAUCUCGAUGAUGUUUGAGCAGCAGCGAGGCGAGCAGCAGGCAUCCGGAUCCGGUGGCUCCACCGCCGGCAGCAGUGGUGCCGUAUCGAGCCAACGCGUUCCGACAGUGGUUGAGCCGAUGGACACGAGCCCUGCACCACCCAUCACUGCCAGUGACGCAGCGCCGGAACCGAUGGGCAACGAUCUUGGGGCACAGACGCUUUCGCAGCAUUCGACACUGGCGGCCAGCAUCGGACAGUACCGACGGGAGCUGGACACGAUGCGCGAAAUGGGACUGACCGACACGGAAACGAAUCUGCAGGCACUGAUCGUGUGCAACGGCAAUGUCGAGUCGGCCGUGAAUCUUGUCUUUGGUGGAAUGAGCAAUUAAACUGUCGUCGUUGUUGGUUGGGGGAGGGGGCAACUAGAGGUCGGAUGAAAAGGGGUUACGAUGUAUUUAAUGUAACAAUCAUGAGAGAGAUUACGGGCUGCGGGGAAAGCAGCACUCGCAGAAACGAACGCAACCCGGGUGGGCGUAUGAAUAAAAUACAGUAGAAUUUUCAA